GGCAUGGCCAACAUACGACCACCGUUCUCCACUGAAACCGCUCAUGCGAAGGUCAAGGCCGCUCAAGCGCUAUGGAACACCAAAGAUCCUGCUCGCGUUGCUCAAGCGUACACUGAAGAGACGAUCUGGCGCAAUCGGGCGGACUUCCUCAAGGGCAGAAAAGAGGUCGAGGCGUGGUUGACCAAGAAAUGGGAGAAAGAACUUGGAUACAGGCUGAGGAAGGAACUGUUCACGUUUUCUGACGAUAAAAUCGCGGUGCAGUUCUUUUACGAAUGGUACGAGAACACGCCGGAUGGCGGGAAGCAGUGGUACCGUACCUACGGCCUCGAGGACUGGACUUUCGCAGCAGAUGGUCGGAUGCGCAAACGCAUGAUGAGCGGGAACGACGUGAAAAUCACCGAUGAGGAGCGCUGGUUCAAGGACGACGUCGUCGACGUUGACAGCGUCACCAUCUCGGAGAAACACCUUUAACCACGUCGUCCAUCCCCGCUGCGACAGACUAAUCCCGAUGUCCCUUGAAUCGCACACUUCAAAAGGCGCUGGGCAACCGAAUCUACUUAUUCUAUGUGAGAAUGCAACUCGCGUGAUCAAUGCCGAUGGUGGCGAUCACUCGGGAGCUCUGCGAUUUUAGUUUGCACGAGAGGACAGCAAUCUGGCACAAACAUCAGAAUUGGACACUAGUAAUUGCCGUAGCUAUCACUUGACAAACGCGCUGGACCUAGUCAUGAUGCAUGAUGGUGGACUCAUGCACAUGUGGCUCAGUGUUGCUCUCUCCGAAUCGUCCGCGGUCUCCUACGGAUACCAAACGGAUACAGGUCAUGGCAUCAUCCCGAGCAACAACGGCGGACUCUGCCCCAGUCACCCAGUCACUGUUCGAUCUUUCGCCAGGGGCCAGGGUCCAGGCGGGCACCCGCAUUUCGUUUUGUACCAAUGAGCGCCGACUUGGAAUCUUCGCGCUCUGCUUCUCACCCGGUUCAAUUUCAGGGCCUUUCGAUGACAUGACUUCGCUGAUGUAUGCGUAACACUGACUCCUCUCG